GUUCACGUUAGCCCCCGCGCUCUCAGCCAUUCGAUGGAGGAUAAGGUAGCCAUGUUGUAGUCGGUGGAAAGAAAGCACAAACCGGACAAACUCGGUGCAGACUCCGUUACCGUCGAUCACACGGCUCGUAGCGGCCGUCCAUCCUGUUUUCUGAUCGGACUGCCUACCUGUAGCAGACACCAUGAGCGGCGGGACGCCUUACCUGGGCAGCAAAAUCAGCCUGAUCUCGAAGGCCGAGAUCCGCUACGAAGGGAUCCUGUACACCAUCGACACCGAGAACUCCACCGUGGCUCUGGCUAAAGUGCGUUCAUUUGGCACGGAGGACAGACCCACGGACAGGCCCAUCCCUCCUCGAGAUGACACCUUUGAGUACAUCAUCUUCAGAGGCAGCGACAUCAAGGACCUGACAGUGUGUGAGCCGCCUAAACCAACAUGCUCUCUUCCUCAGGACCCUGCCAUUGUUCAGUCGUCCAUGAGCUCCAGCUCCUCGUCUUCUGCUGCCGCUGCUCCGACCCCGUUCCAGUCCGCUGGUUCCUACGGCCUCUUCAACCGAGCUCCAGUUCCUGCCUAUAACCAGUUCAGCACCAGCCCCCUGGUUUCCCCUCAGUUUGGACCAGUUGGUGUCGGACGAUCAGUGCCCUCCUUUGUGAGCAGCACGAGCACAGCCUCGACCCAGUCUCAGAGCACUGCUAUUGGCUCUGCUCUGUCCUCUGAAUAUCGCUCUCUGGGUCCGUUUGUAACUGAAGGCCGCAGCAGCCCCACCCUGGACCCUUUGCGGAAGAGCCCCACCCUGGAGCAGGUGAUCCAAACUUCCCCGUCGGCUCCGUCAGCCCCGACCACUACCACCACAGCCCCAGCCCCCGGCCUGGGACGCAGGAGCCCCACCCACGGUCGCACGGCCCCCUCCAGUGCCGGUCAGGGCAUCCAGAAGGUCCAGCACCAGGAAGGCGUGGACACGAGGAGGGGUGAGACUGUCAGGGGAGGCCGCAGCAGCCAGGGCUGGUCUGCACCCCGAACCAUCUCCGCCUCUCACAUCACUGCUGUAGAUAGGGCUUCCACUGCAGGGCUUACCCACUCUAUCUUUAGCCACCCAGGCACAGACGUCCAGAAAGCCCCCAAACCAGAGUCUGAGCAGGCGCGAGGUGAAGGCAGGGAUACCAGUAAACGUUCCACAGCGGCUGCUGGAGCACCGGCUAACCGGCGUGGUCGAGGGGGUGGACACCGCGGCAGAGGGCGCUUCAACGUUCGCCGAGACGGACCCAUGAAGUUCGAGAAAGACUUCGACUUUGAGAGCGCCAACGCCCAGUUCAACAAGGAGGAGAUCGACAGGGAGUUCCAGAGCAAGCUCAAACUAAAAGAUGAGAAGACUGAGAAGUCGGAGAAAGCGGUGAACGGAGAGGAUAAGGGCGACUCAGGUGUGGAAACCCAGAACAGCGAAGGUAACGCUGAUGAAGAGGGUGACCCACUUGGCCCCAACUGCUACUACGACAAGUCCAAGUCCUUCUUCGACAACAUCUCCUGUGAUGACACCAGGAAAGCAAAUGAGAAGUCUGGAGUCUCAGGUUUCCCAAGGGAGCGGAGGCAGACCUGGGCAGAGGAGAGGAGGAUGAAUGCCGAGACGUUCGGCAUCCCCCUCCGUCAGGGCCGAGGCCGCGGAGGUUACCGUGGACGUGGAGGUAUGGGCUUCCGCGGAGGUCGGGGUCGUUCGGCUAGCCGAGGGUCCUUCGGGCCGCCACAGGGAGGCGGCGGCUUCAGGGGAGGAUACAGAGGAAACCAGGCUGGACGAGAGUUCGCCGACUUAUCAGCAUACAGGAAGGACAACAAAGUGGCUGCGUAGUGUCGACAGGAGGAAGCUUCUCCAGAAAGGUGGAACUUCUUCACGCUUCAGUGGAAAACAAAUAGUUUUGGUUGACUAAAAUAAUGAAGAUUGUCUACUAGUUGUAUAUUUGUCACCAGCACUGGGGGUAGACUGCUCGAACACAACGGUGGAAACAACAACAACAACAAGAAAAACAUUCUAAAAAAAAAAGUCCAGAUCUCAACAAAAUAAUUUCCAGGUGGCUGAAAUAAUUAUGUAUAAAUGUCAUAUUUCAGAGGGAUGUUUUUUGUUUUUAAUGAAUUAUGUCCCCGGCCCCUUUCCUAAACCUGUCUUUGAUAAUAUUUUGUUAGCUGUCAGGGGUUGUUUGACUGACACAUAGCUUUAUUUGGGGGGUGGGUUCAGCAUAUCCUGUAAGUGCAGCACCGGAACAGCCCACAGGAUCUCAGUCACACCUUUCUAACAUGUAUUUUUCUACUACUACAUAGACUCUUCAUCAUCCUGUCGUCACCGUCACGUCUCUCCCACCUCUUCAGUGCUCGUGAUCUUUCACCUCAAACCUCUCUCACAGUCACUUUCAGCUCCGCAGCUUCCUUUCCUCUCUCAGUCGAUCUUUAAAGUAUUGACUCGUGUUUCACAUCUUGACAUUAGCGUAGGGAGCAACAUGUGUACUCAACUGGUUUUUGUGGUAGUUUUUACUCCCAGUCCACAAGCUAACUGGGUCACAGAUGGAUCAUAGGUCAAAUUUCAGAAGUUUUCUUUGGAUAUUUUUCAUUUAUUUCUCUGUGAUUUGCUUCAUUCAUGAGUUGCUGGUGCUUAAAGGGGCUUCGGUUAGUUAGAGCUGUAGUGUAAAAUCUUAAUAUUAACUAGCUUAAAGCCUCUCAGCUGAUAGGCCUCCUAGAUAUGGAAGAUUUAAAAUGCCCAAAGUAAAACAAAUCAGAUUAAGUGGAAGUGUUGAUGUGUGCAUUAACUGGGUCAUAAAAAUGCCAUUAUUGAACUUAACUCUUUAAUCAGUUGUUUUUUUAUUGUAAAAAAUCCAAUCACAACAGAGGAGUGUAAUGUUUCAGUGAUGUCCAGCAGAGAGCAGCACAGACCUGCCAGUACUAGACAAUAUACACUAUCAUGAGGACGAGAGAGUUUGUUUUUAGAGAUGGAAAACUGCGUGGGUGCUUGAAGAGAUAAUUUAUUAAGUACAAUUGCAACGUUUCCGCAGUUUCAUCAAAAUCUCAUGUCAGUUGACUUUGUAAUAAAUACAUCACUUUGAUUUCUGUGUUGUGAUUUGAUUUUUACGAAGAUAAAUUUGUCUCAAAUUGUGAACGGACCAACAAUCGGUAUGUUAAUGUGUAAUCUGUGAAUAUAAGACACCCUCCAAGAAGACAAAAAGAUUUGUAAACUCACAAAACUAUUUUGCAAAUAUAAAACGUAUAAAAAAAAUUCGCAGUCAAAGGCCACAAAAAAAACUGCAAAUAUAAAAUUACAAAAUAUGAAAAAUAUAAUAUAUAAAAAAAAACAUUUGCAAAUAUAAAAUGGACAUGGAAAUGCACCAAUAAAAAAUCUGUGAAAGCAUUUAUUUAACAAAUAAACAAAAAGCAUGGGUGAAUAUUUUCCAAACAUAAGUUUAAAAAAAAGAUAUUUGUGAAUCUGAAUUCUAAGAUAGCAGAUUUGCAUUUAACGCACACUCUAUUUUUCCAUUUUAUAUUUGCAAUUUAAAAGAUAUAAUUAUUUUUCGGGAAUUUGUGUAUUUGCACAUCUGUUUUAUAUCUGCAAAAUAGUUUUUGGUGUUUACGAAUUUUUUUUUCAUUUGUGGAAGUUGUACAGAUUACACAUUUACACACAGACUGUCAGUCUGUUCACAGCUAUUGAGACAAAUUGAUCUCCGUAGACUAGAUGUGGAAAAUUCAUGUCACAAUGAAAAACAUUUCUUCCAGUUAUUAAAGACAAAAACGCAAAACAUGUUUUCUUGUAACAUGUUUUUCUUUGAAUUAUGACAGUAACUGCACACAUAUAAAAGAAAUACAAAUAUUAAGUAAUAUUAUUAUUUAACUUACUUGGUUAUAUUUAUUUUGGGCAUUUAAAAUCUUCCGUAGCCGAAGGUGUUUGCACUUUUCCAGGUGAUACUACUCGUUCAUACGUUCUGUACGUUCAGCUGCUGCUGCUUCCAGAGACACACUAAUUUAUACAUUCAGGCUGAAUAAAACCCACAGGUCCCAUUUCAUCCACCUGUUACAGUACAACUUCACGUUUAAUGCCACUAACUUUGUCCCGCGGCACUGCACAGUGGUGGACAGCCCGCUAAAGCUACAGGAAGUGAUGUCAACUAUAAAUAGAAAAUAAACAGAGUAGAAACAUGCUAGCUGUCUGCGUGUAGCAACAUAGUUUUCUAGCAAUACUCCUACUUCUCUUUGAGGUUACGAAGGAUUGGGUCUGAUGAGUUAUGACUGAAUAAUCUGACGCCGUCUCGGCCUGGCAUGAUUUAAGUACUUUAAAACUCUUUCAGAGGGUUUGUUGUUGUUUUUUUUGUUUUUUUUUUAAAUCUGAUUUGGCAGGAAAUGUAUAGAGUUGCACUUUUAAUGCUGUUUUCUGUUCAUUUGUCCUGAGAUUGUAUUCAGAUAACAUAGACUCUGUAGUGUCAUGAUAACUGACUCCACUGAGAAUCAAUAGGCUAAAAGACACGUGAAUAUUGUUGUCAGCAGACCUGGGUCAAACACUGUCAACAAGGAUGGCUAGGUCCAUUUGGUUUGGGCUGUUUUCAUCAGAGAAAAGCCGUAAAACUGACUUUCCAGCUGAUCUUCAGCAUCUCGAAUACUUGCAGUAGUUUAAAAUGUAUAAAAGUAAAAUGAAGUUGUGUGUUGACCCGGGGCUGCUCCCCUAAAGUUGUGUCUGCUUCAUGGCUUUGACUCCAGAACAAAAGAAAUUCUAAUGAAAAGAUGUCAGGCUGACAUGCAAAGCUACCUUUAAAGUACUUAAUUGUGCUCAGGAAAUGUAGAGAAAAUGUUUUCUUGAUUCGCCUUAAUGCUCGAGAAUAACAGCUAACAUCGCAUCAGAGAAGAGACAAAUGUAAAGACAAGAGAUUUAAGACUUUAUUGCACACAGCUUUUUAAAAUCUUGACAAGUGGAAUUGAACUUUAACGUGUUCCCUCACUGCUGUAGAAGCUGUUCCUUCGCAUUAAGGCACUAAAACUGUUCGUUUCACCCGUGUGAGAGUUUUUGGGAGCUUUGAGAAAAACUGGAGUUGGACACAAGAAGAAAAGCUGCAGCUCUCAGACAGAUGUGACAUGUUCUCGUGUUUCACCACAAUAAAUAUAAACUCUUAUGUUGUUUGACUCUAAGUAAUACAUUUAAAUGAUGUGUUAUAAAACUCCAAGUAAAAUAAAAUCAUCUUGCAAAACUUUCUACUUCCUUAUUUUGGCUUUUAAUAAUGAAUUAGAAAGUAAGAUAUUCAUUCUCACUCUCUCAAUGUAACUAUCUUGUCAUGUUUUUACGUUUGGCUUCAAAAUGCAUCAUUUAAAUUUGAUUAAUGUAUUUAAAAUAGCUGUUUAUCAUUGAUUAAUGCAUGAAUUGAUUCAUAAGUAAGCACUGUAAAUGUCUAUAAUUAUUGUGGGGGUACAGUCGAGGCUCUGUUACGAUAUAUUUAUCUUCAGAAAAAUCAAACCGCAGCUGACAGACGCUUCAGUUUUGGGAUACGUUGGUGUCAAACGUGGCUGAAAGCUGCAAACUUUUCUUCGUGUGUCCAAACUCAUUGUGUAUCCAGGUGUCCAGUGCAGGACAGAAACCCUAAUUUGUUUUACUUUGUUUUGGGAGACAUUUCAGAGGGUCGUCGAUCACAGACAGCAGUGGUUCUCAGACGUUCAGGUGUCACGUCAGAGCUGGAAAGAAAGGACAAAUGUCAAAGCUUCUGUCAGGGCUGGAUUACAAACCAGGGCCUGAAAGCUCUCAGCUCACUGUGGCCAAGUAGUUUGUGGUAAUUUAAUCAAUAAUGCUGACAAAGAAAGCCCAUUAUAAACUGAAAUGACUAGAGCCUCAAAGGGACAAACCAGAUAUAACAUGACCCAGAAACAGGGAAAAUACAGUGAAGACCUUAAAAAAAAGAACAACCUCUAAAGAUUUUAAGGCAUGUCUCUGGUUAUGACAGACGCAGGAUAGCAGUGUUUUGUGACAAUAAAGACUGAACAUAUCAGAAACCUUAAAGUGAACAAUAACUCUUGGUAAGGGUGGUGGAAAAAACAAAAAUCCAGAACAGCUUGAGAUCAUCAACACCAAGCUUUAACAAUCUUAAUUUAAGAGCACCAUGAGCUUUUGUUACAGCUGUUUGUAUGGUUUCGGUCUUUAUGCUAAGCUAAGCUAACAUUUUCCCUGUUUCCAGUCUCUAUACUAACUUAACUAGCUACUGGCUGUAGCUUUGAAUUUACCGUAGACAUAAAACUCACAAGGUUUCACCCUAAAGCAGGAUUUAUAUUUAUUUACGCUGCUGUGAGCAUUUAUACUUGUGUGGUGGUGUGUCUGUCACUCUGCAGUUACACCUCCAAAACACUAGUUGGCGAUGAGGUUUCUUAAGUGCUAUAAAGUUAGAUUGAUUCAAAACACACAUUAAACAUGGCUUAAUAGAGACACUUUCAAACACAAGUACACAAAUUAGCUUCACUAUAACUCGCAGCAUUCACAGACAAAGCACUUGUCUUUAUCUGGAUACAUUUUCCCCACAAUUACAACAUGCUAACGUUAUUAGCACAAGCCUAUGGCAUUUUACAUAGUACGAAUUAGCCUAGCGACUAGCAGACUUUUCCCUCUUAUAUGAAGCCAGGGACAACAGCAACAUGUAACAAAGGAAACGGCACAAGAUUCGGCUCCUUUACAACUCACAAGGUUUACUGACAAAAUAACAGUCUUACACUUUACACAUUAUUCCCCACAAAUACAACAUGCUAACGUGUCGUUUGAUACAGAAGAAAAUCGCAAAACUCCCUUCAAAAAUCAGUGAUUUUAGGUUUCCUUCCUGUGUCUGGACAUUACAUGUUGAUACUGAAAUGCCAUCUUAAUUUAUUCAGAAUUGUUCUUGUUUUUUAUUUAAUUCGGCUAAGGAUUUUCCGUUAACAUUCUUGAUGCUAAGCUAAACUAACCAGCUGUAGCUUCAAAUUGAGCGCACAGACAUGAGAGUGGUACUAAUGUCAAUGUCUGACUCUCAGAAGGAAAGAAAAGAAAUGUUAACUGUCCCUUUAAAUUAUUUCAGUUUAUAUUGGUAUUUCAUGGUGCAUUUUACUAAUUCGUGUGUUCUUUAUUAUGUUACCACAAACUAUUUACUGACAGGUACAUCCACAGCGUACAGAGACUGGGAGAAAUGGGGGAGCUGGGUCAGUGGAGGUGCCUGGUGUUAAUGCUGCUCUGCAUAUUGGGAAUAAAUAUACUUAUAACUGAUUCACUGUCCAUGUUUUGUAAAAGUUAAAGGCACAUUUGAGGCUCCUCUGAUACAAAGUUGAGAACCACUGAGAUGUAAGGAGUGUGUGUUAUUGUCUGAUUGGACAGAUGCUGUGGGAGGAGGUGAUGGAGGGGGGGUCAUGUGCCUGGAUAUUUAAAGGAAGCCCUUUCACGUCAGGUUUUGACCAGUGAUGUAAACAAACGCACACCAACACUACACGAUGCUCGUAUUUGUCCGUGGCCACAACAGCGGGUGGAAUAAAAAAUAAUAGUUUUGAGGUUGUUGAUGCAAUAACUGAAGUGGCGGUUUGAGCAUCAGGAGGUCGCGUUUGCUUCUCGCUUCUGGCUUCCUGUAACACUCUAUGGAGUCACAGCCACCUGUUUUUGUCUUUGAGCCCAGCAUGACAUCCUCCUCUGUGGGCCUCAGUGGACUGGGGUUUUUAUUAAGAGCAAAUAAUAAACAGUUGUUCAUUA